AAGAUUUUGGAUGUCAUGAUAAUGAUUUCUUUAAUAAAAAUUCAGAUUUUUCUUAAAGCAAAAUUAAUAAAAAUAGCAUAAAUAAUUAUUAAAUAAUAAAAAUAUACCAAAAUCAGGUUAUUAGUUAUUACCCCCUUUCUUUCCGUCCUUUUUGUUGCUGGUGGAGGACUGAAAGCUUGCUUGGAGCUCCGGUGAGGGCUGCCUUCCCCUUUUCUAGUCCUUAUUUUCCACUUGUUUGAAUCUGUUUUACCGAUUUGCAUUUCCGAUCUGAUACUUUCUUGCGUUGAUUAUAUUCCUGUGAUGUUCGCGUUUUGUACCCAGUUUAAUAAUCAGCCUUUGUUUCUUUUCAUUUCGAAGGACUCGUCCUUGAUCGAGUUGUUUUGGCAGACCAAUCGCAGUUUUGAUUUCUGUUUGAAGUGGAGAAAGUGGUUUCAGAUCGAUUUAUGCGUGGUUUGAGCUGAGCAUUUUGGUCUCCUUUCCUUGCUAAUUGUUUACAUAUUGGGAAAUCGAUGUUCAAUCAUUCAUCACUAGGUUAUGUGUUGACAUUCGGUUGCAAUUUAUCCCUUUUUUCGCUGAAUGGUUUAGAAGAACUAUUUCGUAGAAGAUUAUUGGCAUUUUAGGUCCAUUUCCCUUUUGCAAGAUUUGAUUGUUCUUGACCUUUCCUAUUAAGUUAGGUUUCGUUGAUAAUUGUAUUACCAUUUAAUUUGCUUGAAGUGAUUGUGAAUUUCAUUAUAAAAUGUGAAAAUUGUAAAGGUCUUGAGGCUGCUUUCAGGACUUAAUAUUAUGAAAACUUGAAGUAUGAUAUGGCUGUGGGUGUUUAUGUUUUGCAUAUGUAGGCAUGUAUAAGAACCAGUUGCAGGAAUUAGCUCAAAGGAGUUGUUUCAACUUACCCUCUUAUGCUUGCAUUCGAGAAGGGCCGGAUCAUGCCCCGAGGUUCAAAGCAACAGUUAAUUUUAAUGGCGAGGCAUUUGAAAGUCCUACUUUCUGCACAACACUAAGACAGGCAGAGCAUGCUGCAGCUGAAGUAGCUUUAGAUACACUCUCAAAGAGGGGACCUUCUCGAUCCUUAGCUGCAAAAGUUCUGGAUGAAACUGGUGUUUACAAGAAUUUGCUUCAAGAAACGGCUCAUAGAGCUGGUAUGAAGUUGCCUGUUUAUACCACAGUUAGAUCUGGCCCUGGCCAUACACCAAUCUUCUCAUGUUCUGUUGAACUGGCUGGUAUGAGCUUCAGUGGGGAGCCUGCCAAAACCAAGAAGCAGGCUCAGAAAAAUGCUGCCAUGGCUGCCUGGAGUGCAUUGAAGCAAUUGCCCAAUUUGGAUUUCUCGUCUUCUUCUUCAUCAUCAUCAUCUAUAGCUUUGUCGUCAUCGUCACCAUCAUCAUCAUCAACAUCUUCUGGCAUUACCGAAAUCAACAUAAAUGAUGAGCAAGAACAGGCUGUGAUUGCUCGUGCUCUCACGAGCUUGCAUCGGUCCUCACAAGGAAACAAAUAUACUCAUAAUGAUCGACAACAUGGUUGGCGAAGGUUGAAUACAACCCGACGAGAGCUUGGCUCAUCUACCAAUCCAUCUUACUACAUGCCGUUUCAAAGCUGGGCGCACCGCAGUUUCUCAACUGAAGCUGCAAUUUACCAAAUGUGGCGCCCAUUCCACAGAUCCAUGUUCCAUCCAGCACAAAUCCAGCUCUUUCCUGUAUUGAGUCAAGAGCCUAUUACCACAUUACCAUGCUUCCCAGAACCAACUCAACUUCUUCCCGUUUAUUUUCUAGAUUAUGAUUAUUCUUUACCUGUUCCACCCAGAACUCAAUCUCAAGUAAAAAUUCAGGAGAUCAAUGAUGAGAAAAGCCAAGGGGAAGAAAAUGAACGGUUGUAUAAUCCAAUUCCUGAUGCUGUAGAUGACAGUUCAAGAUCUUUGGAUCAAAAUGGUGGUGAAUUAGAGGAAGAAGAUGUAGCAGUCAGUAUCGAACAACAGACCGACCUACAGUCAGAAAGAAGUCACAGGAAAAAACCAUUUGGUUGGGGAUCGAAAGCUUCGAUGAGGCCCGGUUAUUCGCCAAACAUGAAAAGUUGCAAGCUUAUCCCUCGAGAUCAUCCUCUAUAUCGUCCCCGGUUCGACUACAUUCAACCCCGUCGGGGAGGAGCAAGCCGACCUCCAUCGCUGGGCUGUUCAUCGAGGUCUAGAGUUAAACCAAAUCAAGCUCUGUCAAUGGCGGCGCCAGUAACAAUCAGAACUGCUGUUCCAGUAUUUUCUGCAAGACCUCUGGCUGAAAGUUCAAGUCCACUGGUAUUGUCGGAUGGAAUUAGAGCAUUGGAUUCUGAAUUUGAUAAGUUUCAGAUAUAAAAAAUAAGUUUAGAUUUGUAUGUCACCAUUCCAAGCUAUGAAAAUUGUCAUGGUUCUUCCUAUCUGUUCUCUCAUUAUGAGCUUGGUAGGAUUGAUGAUAGUUCAGAAUGUAAAGUCUUGUUUAAGUUUUUAUAAAAAAUAUUUAUUUGAUUCUGAUUGAGUAAUUGUACAGCUUUAGGGUUU